UGGGGUGGCGCGGAGGAGCAGCAAGCUGAGCUUGACGCGGGUAACGAAGAUGCAGUCAACUGGACCGAGUACGCGCGCGAAGUCAUCAAAGAUAGUGUGAGGCAUUUGCGAUGCUUUCGCGAGACGUUCACUGACCGCGCGCUUGCAGAUGAAGUAUUAUUGGCCGCUUCGGAUUCCGAAGACGAGUAUGAUCGAGAGCGCAUGCGUCGUCUUCGCACAGAGGACUCAAACGGCUGGAAGGACGAACUGCGGCGCUACCUCGAGGACCCGGCGUUGGGCAUCAAGAAGACGACCGAUACAGUGAAAUGGUGGAGUGAGCAUGCCAAGAUCUAUCCAACACUCGCACGGAUGGCAUUGGACAUAUUACCUAUCCCCGCGUCGUCUGUCGCUGUCGAGCGCCUUUUCUCGCAUGCCAAGCAGGUGUCGACCGACAGACGCUCUCGUUUGGGUCCGGACUUGUUCAAGUGGCUCGAAUGCUUGAGCCAUCACUGGAGACCUCAGAUAGUUGACUAUGCUAGACUGAACAGCCAGGAGAUCGAGGACAUAGACCUACUGGAGUAUACUGGAUUCUACGAGGUGGAAGAGCUCUUGCAAGAUGAUGAGCUCGAUGUUCAUGUACUUUAG